AUGGAAUAUGCUGAUGACAUUGCGCAGCGGCAUGUCGAGGUUCCGCAUCGUCUGGAUGCCCAGCAGCUGGGUAUCCCCCGAGCGGCUCAAAUAGCCUACGCUCCCGUCCAGCUUGAUGAGGAGGAUCUCGAGUACCUCUCCGAAUCUGGCGACGAACGUUCCGCUGCUGUGGAAGUGCCUGGUUUUGCACCCCGAGGCCCGUUGACCGCUGCCAACAACCUGCGCCGACCUCGUCCUGCCCCUUCCGGUCCGACCAUGGAGACAACUCGCUUCACUAAGAAGCCCAAGGUAGAAGCCGUAGGCGGGAGUGGAACACGGGGCCGAGUUCUGGAUAGCGACUUCCCGAGGGAGAAGCGGGGAGCUGUCAAGGGUUCCCAGCAUCAUUUCCGCUGCCUUAUAAGCUCUGAUGCCCCCUUCCCGAACACGGACCUUGCGACGGAGUUCUGUCGGGAGGCCUGGGGAAAGGCGUGCAAGGACCAAGGCAUAGAUAUGGAGUUUGGACCGCUAGUUGUGAGUAUGCUCACUGACCGUGCACCGCAGAUACGGGGGGAGAUAAAGAUCAAGGCGCGAACGCUCGUCCCAUCAUACUACAAGCUGCUCGACAAAAACAGCAAGGCGGACGCGCAGACCAUCCGCGCCCGUGUUGAGAUGCUUAAAGACAACGAGGCAUUCGUUCACGAGAAUCCGGAGGAGCGCACGGGCCGCUACAAACACCCUAUCAUUCAAGCCGUCAUCAACGAAACCUGGUAUUCAAGCCAACGUGAUGAAGGGGUCGAGUACUCUGAGUACUUCAGCGAGAAGGUUGCUUUCAACGUCGGGGGCCGCCGCAAGUCAGGGUUUGGUAUACCCUUGGUUACCAUUGCUCUUGUUUUAACUGCCGUCCAGUGUGCCCUGGAUGAAUGGGCCACAGGUCAGAGGAGUGGCGUCGAGUUCAGCGAGAAGACGUAUGGACCUGUCUUUGAACACCACCUAUCGAAGCUCGACACCCUUAAGGAGAAGAUGGCUGAUAUGGAGAUUGUUGAACGCAUUCAGUCCCAGCUUCUGGAUGGUGCUCGGUGGGUUUACAUCAAUAUUUUAUCCUGA